AUGAGGGUCCAAAGCCAACUUCCCGGGUCAGCCUCAGUGGGGGAAUCAGCAGAAAAGAGCUCCUCAUCCGGACCGUCGCUGCACGAGGCCGCACGGGACGGGGACGUCCGCAGCCUGAGAAAAACGCUCCGCUCAGGCUCCGCACUGGACGUCAACGAGCUCGACGACGAGGAGAGGACAGCCCUGCACUACGCAUCCAACUCGCUGAUCGCGGAGAGACUCAUCAACGCCGGCGCGGUCGUCGACAUUGAGGACGCAGAGGGGUGCACGCCGCUGCACCGGGCCGCGGCGGGUGGGCGGCUCGACGUGAUCUGGCUGCUCCUCGAACAUGGCGCGAAGACCGACAGCCGGGACGACGACGGGAAAACACCGAUCGCCCAUGCUAAAGGCUGUGAGCCGGCGGAGUGGAUGCUCCACCACAAGCCAGCAAGGGCUCUCCUCCGGGCCGUGGAGGCGGACAGGGCGGAUAUAGUGGAAGCCCUGCUCGGUGCCGGUGCCGACAAGGAGGUGAGGAAUGAGAAUGGCUACGUGGCCCUCAUCGUCGCCACGCUCCGUGGGUCCUGGGCUGCUGCCCGAGUGCUCAUCGAUCACGGGGCGGACACCGACGUCUACGGGGACAUGGGCAACGGGGUGAUCCACAUGGCUGCCCACCGAGCGCCAGCAGAGUUCAUGGAGCUCCUCCUCGACAAGGGCCUGCCUAUCAACUACAUCAACCAAUGGGGCGGCACACCUUUGCUCGAGGCCGCAGAGCGUGACGGUCGGGACGAGGUAAUCGCGCUGCUCCUUGAGAGGGGCGCUGACCCAGCGCCCAGGAACAACGCAGGAUACACGGCCCUGCAGCUGGCUGCUCUGGCUGGGAAGACGGAAGUUGUCAAGAUGAUCCUGAGCCGGAUGAAGGACCGCGAGCUGUUGACACCUACCGACCCGCCUGGCUCGGGACCCAGCUGCUGGUCGCCGUUGGCUGAGGCGAGUUACCACGGGCACCCUGACUGCGUUCGCCUGCUGCUCGAGGCUGGUUCUGAGGUCGGGAUCCGGGUGGACGGGAACAAUACGCCGUUACACCUUGUGCUGUGGCCCAUCGACGUGGACCGGCCAGUCGAAGACCAGAUCGAGGUCAUGCGGCUGCUUCUCGACCACGGGGCGCUGGUCAACUCCGAAGGGGAGGACGAAAUGACGCCCCUCGCAGCCGCGUGCCGGUGGAACUCGCUACCACUUGUGCAGUUCCUCAUCGAUUCCGGGGCGGACUUGGACAGCGUAGCUUGGAACAGAGAGGACGAGCCUGAGAGGGAGUUUGGCUACACAAAUCUGAUGCUCUCCGUGGCGUACGGCGGCGACGAUAACCUGGAAGUUGUCACGGCGUUGAUCAAAGCCGGGGCAGACGUGAAUGCACGAACGUACGGCAAUAGGAAUUCGACUGCAAUGGAGAUGGCUAAGCAUCGAGGCAGGAUGGAUAUUGUAUGCUGGGGCCACUCCUGA